ACGUUUCAGUCGUUUACCAGCACGGUUGCUUUGAUUUUGUCCACGCCGCCCAAGCCUUUUGCGUUUUCCACAUACUCAACAAUCAGCGCAUCAAAACCGUCAACUUAAAACACGUGUCCUGAUCCAAACCGUCCAAUUAAUUCCAAGUCCAUUUUUUUAGUCCUGUCAAAAAGAACCAUUUUGGAGGAAGCUCCCAUGAACUAUCAUGGAAAGUGAAACACACCAUCGUCACCACCACCAGCACCACCACAUUCAUUCAUGUAUAAAAAUGUAGGAAGAGCGAUGAAGCUUUUGUUGCAAAAAUGGCGAGCUUCAACCUCAAAAGAGUACUUACCAGUAACAAGCAGAAGAAGAACAAUAAUAACGAACGAGAUGAUUUUGGAAGAUUCAAACCAGGUGGCGGUGGUUGCAAGAAGCAUCCGAAACACCACCAAUCCCCCGGCGUGUGCUCUCUCUGUUUGAACGAUAGGCUUCUUCAACUUUCUUCUUCUUCUAGCGCUUCUGUUAUUGGCGGCGGUUCUUCUUGUUCUUCUUCUGUUUCUUCUUUGUCCUCGUAUUAUUCUUCUUCUUCAGCUUCUUCCUGUGCUUCUCCCGUAUCGCGUCAUUUUCCUCUUACUUCUGAAGGAAAACGAAGCUCUACACUUUCGAUCUUUCUGUUGAGUGGUGCCAAGCAUAACAAUAAUAAUGGACUUCUCAAGAGUAGGUCAAUGGCGGUUGAUCAUGAUUAUCAUCGUCGAAGCAAGAAGAAGAGUGGAUUUUGGUCCAAGUUGCUUCCUUCUAAGAGCAAGAGAAUAAAUACAAUGGAGGAAAAAGACGCUAACAAGGUGGUGGUGCUUCGUUCUAGUUCUAUGAGAGAAACAACGGUCACCGUAGCUACCUCAUGAACAUUAUUAUUAUUCUUUUUUUUUUCUUUCUUUUAUGAAUUAUUUUCGGUAGAUUUUUCAUUUUUGGUUUUUUAUUCUUAGGUUUUCAAAUUUCUUCUACUUUUCUUUCUUUAAUUUCCUUCCAAAAAAAAAAAGGAAAUAGAGAUCAGAUCUUGUAUUGCAUGCAUUAUAAGCAAUCAGCUGAGCAUGUGUAUUAUAAUUAUAUUCGAUCUGUACAUAACUA